UCAUUACUACAUACACCGGUCUGUUUGUAACGUGUGAAGCUGUGACUGAUUUUAAUGAACAAAACAAUGCAGUGUCAGAUAUUCUCUGAAGUACAAAAACAGCUUUAACAGUUUGAAUGCACAGAACACGCAGCUUUUUCUUCAUGUGUUUCUAUGUAGAGUGUCGUCUCCUCCCUCAUCUCUUAAACGCAGGAAGUGUCUGAUUUAGCGUUCACUUCACUGUUAAACACUCUAUUAAUGUGUCAGUAUGGGGUCCAGUGCACUGCCUCUCAUACCCUUGCUGAUGUCCUUCAUCCACGCUGGAUUCACUCAAGAUUCACCCAGAUCUUCACUGACUGUGACUCCAGACAGUCCUGUAUUCACUGGAGAGAGAGUCACUCUGAAGUGUGUGAUUGAGUCUAAUCACAGUGACUGGAGAUAUGAGUUUUAUAAAGACAGAGUAAAGUUACAGAAGUCUGAUAGUUCCAGUGUAACUGAUGAUACUCUUAUUAUCAUAAAAGCUACUAAAUCUGAUGUGGGUCAGUACUGGUGUAAAGGACAGAGAGAAGAAAGACCACAAUCAUCUCAAUCAAGCUCAGUUUCUCUCUUUGUUGUCGAUCUGAAGCCAAAGCCUGAACUCACAUCAGAUCCUGAAGGAGCUGCACUGACAGGAAACACAGUGACUUUGACCUGUCUCGUGAAUCUGGGCACUGGAUGGGACUUUUACUGGAACAAACACACACUGACCUCUGAGACAAAGACAGAAACAAACUCCUACAGAGUGAAGAUUGAUUCAGUGUCUGAUGGAGGACAGUACCGGUGUAGAGCUGGAAGAGGAACACCAGUCUACUACACACAAUACAGUGAUGCACUGUGGGUAAAUGUUACAGAGAGCCAAAAAGCUGUGGUGACGGUACGGCCUGAUAAACACGUGUUCAGAGGAGAAACAGUCACUCUCAGAUGUGAUAUAAAGUGGGGAGGAGACACUGAAUGGACGUACAGAUGGGAAAUAGAGGGAACAAACUGGUAUAAAGACUCUGCUGGCCGAUGUACAAAAGAGUGCAGCAGCAGUGAAACAGAUGAUCAGAAACACAGAAAUGCUGUCAGUUGGUGUUCAACACAAGACUUGAUCCUCAGAGUUGAAGACUUUCACAGCGGUAUCUACACCUGCAGAGGACAGAAUAACACUCAAUGCUCUCAGCGCAGUGAUGCUGUGACACUGAAGGUUUCAGCUGAAGCUCAGGCAGCAGUGCGAGUGUCUCCACAGCCGUGGCUGACUGAAGGAGACUCAGUGACUCUGAUCUGUGAGGUUCCAGGCUCCUCUACAGGCUGGACGUUCAGCUGGUUCAGAGAGGAUGAUGAUGAUGAGGAUGAUGGUCUGUCAGACAGCAGCAGAGGAGCUGGAGACUCUUACACUCUCAGUCCUGCUGCUCUACAGCACACAGGAGUUUAUACGUGCAGAGCAGAGAGAGGACGACCGGCCUUUUACACACACAACAGUAGCACACAGCUGCUGUGGAUCACUGGUAAAUGGUCGCGGGUCUCUCUGAAGGUCAGUCCCAGCAGAAGUCAACACUUCUCGUCUCACUCUCUCUCUCUGAGCUGUGAGGAUCAGAGGAGCUCUUCUGGAUGGACAGUGAGAAGAUACACAGACAGAAAAACUGAAGAUUGUUCAAAACAAACAGGAUCUAGAUGUCGAAUCGACUCUCUCAGCACAUCUGACACUGGAGUUUACUGGUGUCAGUCUGAAUCUGGAGAGAAACAUCAUCCUCUCAACAUCACUGUACAUAAUGGUGAAGUGAUUCUGGAGAGUUCUGUUGAUCCUCUGGUUGAGGGAGAUACUCUGACUCUACACUGUUUACAUCGAUCUACAAACUCCUCCAUCCUCGGAGCUGAUUUCUAUAAAGACGGAUCACUUCUCCAGAAUCAGACGACAGGAGAGAUGAACAUCACGACUGUCUCAAAGUCACAUGAGGGUUUCUACUACUGUAAAACACAGAGAGGAGAGUCACCCAAGAGCUGGAUCUCAGUCAGAGUGUCACGUUCAGAUCAGAUUUCUGUCUUCAAAAUCCUAAGUUUUCUUCUGGCAGCUUGUCCGUAUCUGCUGUCGACGGUCGUGCUGCUCUUCAAAUACUUCAGAGAGGGAGUUACUUCAACUAAAGACCACAGCCAGUACGCUGUAACAGAGGAUCAAACUUCAGCCUGAUAUUUCAUUCAUUCUCCAAACCACAUGUACAGAGUCAAAGGAUUAUGAAGUCUGGGAAACGUUGAACAUCACCAAUCUAUCGUCUUACAAUGUACUGGUCAUUUUCAGUGAUUGCCAUAAUUUCCGAAGCAGCUGAACGUUUGUAGAUGAGUAUCCUCACAGAUCAAUGUCUGUAAUUCACCUGUGAGAGAAACCAAGCCAACACACGGAGAACAGGAAACUCCACACAUCAACACCUCCUGCUCAUCAUCUGCUCCAAAUACAGUUUCUUAAUGUCAGUUAAAGUCACUGUAAGAUAAAGAAAGACACUCAGGGAACAAAAUCUGAUAAAUUGUUACAAUUGAUUAAAUAUGAACAUUGAGAUGUUUCUGCUCACAAAUCUGAUCAUUUUGAACCUGAUGGUCAAUAAAAGUUGAGACGGGGCACCACUAAUAAUACCUGAUAACAAAAUUGAAUGUGAUAAAUGGGUUCAUUGUGACAUUUUAACUGAACAGACCUUCACCAAAAAUAUGAAAGAUUUUUAUAUUUAAACGAUUAUAUUUUAAAUAUUGUCUAUAAAUAUUAGCAUCUGCACCAGUUUGUUUAUCGCUUAUCAAAAUAAAUAUUUUCUUGAUUUUUUUCCUCUUUUCAGUAUGAGCUUCUCAUUAUAUCAGCAAUUAAAAAAUUAUUAAAAUUCAGUUUUCGUUGUUUUUGUCAAAAUGUUCAAUAAACUAUCAUAUUUCUAA